UCUGAAGCUUCUAGAGUGGAGUUAUUUGGAGAAACAUGUUGUGCGUUGUGUUGGUCCUACGGAGAGCUUUACCCCAUUAGGAUUGAAUGUUGGCUCGCAAAGACACAUGUAGCACAACGUACCUGGAUUCACUAUGAACCCGACUGGCGUUUGAUAUCGAGAUGUUGUUUGUGUUCAUGGCUCUCGGGAUUCUUCAGAGGCGGUCAGCUGAUCUUUGACACUUGAACCAGUGACAUCACCUCAAUGGCAACCAAUUUGGCACCGUCUUUCCAUGCAUGUGUGAAUAACAAGUGUUGCUCUUGUUUUACUCAAGUGCAUUUGUUUUCUUCUGGGGCUUAAGGUAGGACGUUGUACAGAAAGAUGAAGCUUCAGGAGGGGAUUUUUUGAGUACAGUGUGAUCGUCCGAUCAGAUCUCACCAUUUUUAGCUGGCGGCAAAACUUGUUUUUUCAUUAUCUGAGCGCGGUCAACGGGAUGUAAGCCUGGCCCUCGAUGGCUGUCGUGCGACGUGGUAGGUCACCGCACCGCAUUCCUCUGGACCAAGACCCAAAGGAGGGAGCGCGUGUAUCCGUUGUCACAUCUGGAUUGAGAGAUGCUGCAGGACGGUCCAGAGGCGAGGCGCGAGGUGGACCUCCACUGGAGGGUGUCCCCUUGCCCCCACAUUGUGCCCAUCAUAGGCGUCUAUGAGAAUAUCUACCAUGGAAGGAAGUGCCUCCUCGUCGUAAUGGAGUGCAUGGAUGGAGGUGAAUUGUUCAGUCACAUCCAAGACAGAGGGAAUCAUGCAUUUACAGAAAGAGAGGCCUCUGACAUCAUGAAAAGCAUUGGAGGAGCCACACAUUUCUUGCAUUCCAUCAACAUUGCUCACAGAGACAUCAAGCCGGAGAACCUGCUGUACACGUCCAAAAGGCCGGAUGCCCUCCUCAAGCUGACGGACUUUGGGUUCGCCAAAGAAAUAACUGCCUCAAACUCUUUAGCAACCCCUUGUUUUACCCCCUACUACGUCGCUCCAGAAGUUCUUGGUCCUGAGAAGUAUGACAGAUCCUGCGACAUGUGGUCUCUGGGCGUCAUCAUGUAUAUUCUGCUUAGUGGAUAUCCUCCCUUUUUCUCACAUCACGGUCUGGCCAUGUCCCCAGGGAUGAAAAGACGGAUCUGUAAUGGAAAAUACGAGUUCCCCACCCCGGAGUGGAGCGGCGUGUCUGAGGAAGCCAAGCAGCUAAUCUGCCACUUACUGAAAACCGAACCCACCCAGCGGAUGACCAUCGCCCAGUUCGUGAGCCAUCCCUGGAUCAACCGGUCCGUGGAGGCCUCGCGGACACCUCUUCACACCGGCCGCCGGCUGCAGGUGGAGCAGGAAGUCUGGGAGAAGGUGAAGGAGGAAAUGACAAACGCCUUGCGAACGAUGAGAAUGGACUUUGAUCACAUCAAAAUCAAAACCAUCGAUGAAUCAACUAAUCCUCUACUCUUGAAGAGAAGAAAGAAAAUCCAAAACUCAGCCACACAACUUCCAAGCGAGUGAAAUUGAGUUUUUCACAAAUGCAGUUAUAUGAUUUAGCUUUAGAGAUAUUUUGCGUUGCCAAUUGGCUUCAUAAUAUAUUUUUGGCGUUUUUUAUUUUUUUAUUAACCUCAAAUGAUUUUAUUUUUCAAAUUUGUAAAGCUUAUGUUUACAAAAAAGUGCUUUAACGACUCUAUCCAUUGAAAGGUUUGAUGUGAGGGCUUUAAUGCGUAUUAAUGAACCUUCUCUCAGAGACAAAUUUAAAACAACUGUAUUUUUAGUAGUUUGUGUGGGAUCGAAAGUGUUUUAAGGAUGUUUCCUGUUUCUUUAAGUCUUUCUCUUCUACCCGUAGGAAUCCUUAUGACUCUUUGCCCUCAAGGUGUUGUUAAGAGUUACGUUUACAGGCAUCGUCCGUUUUGGUCAUGUCACGGUAGGGUGGCUGAAGCAGGAGACUAUUGCAGAUUUUGGGCACAAAAAAAAUCAAAAUGCAGCGGGGGCAAACCGGGAAUCAGGACAAAACACAUUCAAAGUAACCACAUUCAAAGUAACCACAUUCAAUAACGCCACCAGGGACAAGAGACACACAUGGCUUAAAUCCACUGGGAAGGUGCACGUGAUUGGACACAGGUGGAAAUCAGGGACACGGAGACAAUCACGGGGUGACACGACAGGGCAGGGGGCAGGACACUACAAUAUAAAACAGGAAACAAACCCAAAUCGUGACAGGUCAAUUCAAUGACCAAUACCAGAAACCACAUCUUUUUUUAUCCUGAUGUGACGUCACAAGUAUUUGUUACUGUGGGUGUGCCGUGUCUGAAACGUGUUGACCAUGUGUAGCGCCAAUCACAAUUUCUACUCUCAUGAGACUGAAACUGUGGCCAACUGAACAACAGUCGCAAUCUGAGCACUGCCUUUUACUUUGGAUUAAAUAUUUUAAUAAAUAUUUUAGUUUUUCUCUCUGA